AUGCCUGAGAAUAGUCCUAAAAUGGCGAGAAGCGCGUCUCCUGUAGCGAGAGCGGGAGCCGGUGACAUCUCCGAAAGAGAAUUAUUCAGAGAAAGACACAACUUGCAGACAACUCCGCCCGCGCGACUUCAGCGCUUACACCCCAAAAAGCAGCUCUUCUUGACUCCCGUGAACAAAUUCACCGCAAAGAAACCAGAAUCUAGCGUGAACCUCGCCAGGAUCAAGAGUUGCUUGGAUGAGUACCGCAAGCAAGGGCGACCUCCGAAGAUCGGACACAAGGCUGCCUCGAUGGAAGACUUGACACCCACGAAAAGAAGCAAAAUUGAAAACUUGAACGCAACAAAGAAAGACAAGGAGGUUCAUUUAGUAAGGCCAGCGCUACGUGGUAUAGUCGAGGAGCGCGCCGCGGCCCGGGUGGGUCGGUUCAUGUUGGUGACGGCCUGGCGCCGGCGGCGGGACGAGGUGCGCUGCUUGAGGAAGACUUUGGAGUUUCAGGUGUCAUGCUCGGAACGACUCCGCAUGCAAGUGUCGGCGCUUAAGUCUCUGUUGGAUUCGGACAACGUGAAGGUCCGUCUCGCUAUGAGAGAGCUGGACCGUCUGAAGCAGCUCCUCAAAGAUAAGGACAUUAAGAAGGCUGUACUAGAACGGGAAAAACGUGCUUUGGAAGAGGAUGUGAUCGCCGCUGAAGACAAGGCCUCGCAGUUAAGUAUCGAUUGUCGGAACGCGCGCAACGAGCUCCAAGCGGCGGGCGCGCGGGCGGACAGGACGCUCGCCGCAGAGCGCGCCCGUCGCGACCGGGCGCUGCGUGCGCUCUCGUUAAUGGAGCAACAGUUGGUUCAGCGGAAAGACUUGCUAUCCACUGCCGAGUCGCAGCUCGCGACGCUGCGUCGAGAGGCUGAAGAAAAGCAGAAAGUGCUAGAGGAAACCUUCCAGAAGCUUGAAAUGGAACAACUGGCACGAGAGUGUAGUGCUCGGGAAUGCUCAGAGCUGAGCGCCCGGGUGAGCAUGGCAGCCGCCGAGACUUGCACCCUGAGACGUGUGGUAGAACAGCUGAAGGAACACCUAACGAGAUUGGAGCUUGAUCUCAAAAUGACCCGAGAACAAUUGGAUUGGUGGCCGCGGCCUCUGACCAAGAUGCUCGGUGUGGCCAGGUCUUGGCUCCGGUGCCCGAUGUCGAUGCCGGAAGCUCUUCUGUGGUCCAUGUUGCCAGCGCGCAGUGGAUGCUAAAUAAUAACGUAAAUCUAAUAUUCUAUUUGUUAUUCGUGUAUGUAUCAUUCGACUAUUUAUUGUGACAAACUAAGCAGGAAUCGUGUGGUAGGUAUUUUUGGUAAGUAUUUUACGUAUCGUUUUACUAUUAUUGUAUUUUCUUAAGUGUAUUUUGUAAUUCGUAUUAAGAUUUCGUUUA